CAGCUUAUGAUUAUUUCAACUGUCAAGUCGUACCCAUCAUUCAUCGGUGGAUGAACUUGACGCCUUUGCUGUGGGCGGCAAGAAAACGAGAAGAUCGGCGACCCUUGUACAGACGAAUAUUCACUCAUCGGCGGCUAGAUAUCCUCCAUAAAACAUUUAUUCGCUCUAUAUUGGGAUUCAUCCUCUUCAGCACAUCAUACUGUAUUGUAAAUACUGGCAUUUAUUAUACUUUUGUGAGGCCGAUACGUCGGGAGGAACGAGAACAGUUAGAACGAGAACUUAUUGAAGCUGAUCGAGCGGGGUUUGCUCUAAACAAAUGAACCUCCCUCGUCUUAUAAGCACUUUGUCUUCAAGAUGGGAAGGCAUAUUUCUUAUGGGUGUCGCUGCCGGCGCAGGCUUCGAACUUUUCAAGAUAUACUUCUCGUUCAGAGGUGUUAACUACUUCUCAGUCUACAAAAAGAAACAACUGCAGAAGGAACUUGACGAGUUUGAGCAAACGCUCAAGGAUCUUGAUGAUCUGAUUACUAAAGUACUCGACUUUGCUGUCAUGUUUGAUAUGUUUUGUUAUCUAGGAUAG